AAAGUUUUAUAGCCUAUAUAUUUGAAAAAAAGCCCAAUUAUUUUAUCCCAUAAAUCUAAGGUAAAAUAGGUAAAACUACAGAACUAAACAAACACAGUGAAGUAAAACUACGAACCCUUCUUCGUUUCCGAACUUCUUCACUCUUCAAACGUGAGUAAAAUUGGUGGUAAUCAGAGCCGACAAGGAUAGAAAGAUCAAAUUCUUUUGCGUUCAGUCUAAUGCUGCUAAGCCCUAUUCCCUUCAAUCUCAUCAUCUUUAAACAAAUCUCAGUGUAAGAUAACCCAAUAACAAGAUGAAUCAAUUUUUAUCGAGUCUAAUUGAGUUGCACGCAACUUAUUUCCAACUUACUUAGACCAGAAAAUGUCAUUUGAUUGUUCUUCACUUUUCCCCUUUCACAAGUAAGCAUUUUUUUCAAUUUCCUUCUUCACGAAUCACACUAUUCAUCUUCCUUUCAUGCUUUAAUCCAAAGCAUACCCACAAAUUUCCAUUCAUCAAAACCACAAAAUUUCAAUCUUUUCAUCAAUUUAGUUUUUGGGUUCUUUCAAUCAUGGCUUGGUAUAGAAGAGGAAAGGUUGUUGUUGAUGGUUUUCAUACCUUGACUUCUAGGGUUUUAUCUCAAAAUCCAAAUUUUCAACCUAGUAACAGAAUUUUGCAAUCUGGGUAUUUUAAUCUGGGUAACAAAAGUGCUAGCUUUAAUGGGUUUUCUUCAAUUUUUCAACCCAGUAACAGAAUUUUGCAAUCUGGUUUGUAUUUGGGUUCCAAAGAUGCUAGCUUUAAUGUGUUUUCUUCAUUUUCUUCAAUUUCUAAGAGAUUAGGAAAAAUGGGUUGUGAAAAUAAUAAGAAUAUUAGGGUUGGUUCUCAAGGUUGUAACUUUAAUGGGUUUUCUUCGUUUACUUCGAUUUGUAAGAUAUUAGAUAAAAGGGGUUUUGAGAUUAAUAAGAAUAUUGGGUUGGGUUGUAAAGGUGUUGGCUUUAAUGGCUUUUCGUCGUUUUCGAAGAAUUUCAAGAGAUUAGACCAAAGGGGUUUUGAAGUUAAUACGAAUUUUAGAAGAUUAUACUAUGUGGAUCCUCAAAAUGUGCGGCAUUUUAAGCCAAGAGGGCCAAAGAAUUGGUUUCAGAAUCCUAGGCAUGUUAUGAUUGGUAUAGUGGUUGGUUCUGGUGUUUUUAUAACUGUGUAUUUUGGGAAUAUGGAAACUGUUCCUUAUACAAAGCGAACGCAUUUGAUUUUGAUGCCGAAAGAGAUGGAGAAGAAGAUUGGGGAGAGAGAGUUUGAGAAGAUGAAGGCAGGUUUUAAGGGGAAGUUGUUGCCUGCAAUGCACCCUGAAAGUGUAAGAGUGAGGAUGAUUGCAAAUGAUAUUGUUGAAGCUUUGAAGAGAGGGUUGAGUAAGGAGAAUGUGUGGAGUGAUAUAGAUUAUGCUUCAGAAAAUACUGUGUUUGGUGAAGAAAAGGGGAAGGAGACAAUUAGUGCAUUGACUGAAAAUGGAGGGAAUGUUGAAGGGAAUUGGCAUCGGGAAGAUGAGAUUCUUGAUGAUAAAUGGGUUCAGAAGAGUAGAAAAAAGGGUCAGGAGCGAGGGUCGCAACCUAAUACGUCACAUUUGGAUGGGUUGAAUUGGGAGAUUUUGGUGGUGAAUGAUCCUAUGGUUAAUGCCUUUUGCUUACCUGGUGGGAAGAUAGUUGUGUUUACGGGUUUGCUCGAACAUUUUAGAAGUGAUGCAGAGAUAGCAACUAUUAUUGGACAUGAGGUUGGACAUGCUGUGGCCAGACACAGUGCUGAGGGGAUGACAAAGAAUAUGUGGGUUUUAAUUCUAAACUUCAUACUUUAUCAAUUCGUCACACCUGAUAUUGUCAACACUAUGUCAUCACUUCUCUUACGGCUUCCUUUCUCCAGAAGGAUGGAAAUUGAAGCUGAUUACAUUGGUCUUCUAUUAGUGGCAUCUGCCGGUUAUGACCCACGUGUGGCACCUAAAGUCUACGAGAAGUUGGGAAAAAUAUCCGGUGAUUCUAAGCUUUUAGAUUAUUUUGCCACUCAUCCAUCUGGAAGAAAACGAGCAGAAUUACUGGCUCAAGCUCAGGUGAUGGAUGAAGCUCUUACUAUAUAUAAGAAUGUAAGAGAAGGACAUGGUGUUGAAGGAUUUCUUUAGGACUGCCAUUACUGUUUUGUGAGAGUAUUUUGAAAAAGUUAAGGUCACAAUGAGCAUGUAAAAAGAAUCACAUUCCUCCUACAUUGUGUUGGAUACUGCAUGUUUCCAAAUUAACUGGAUCUGUUGCCUGAGAUUCAGAGUAUGGUAGCCACUCUUGAAAUCUGUUACUCUCAGCAUAAUCAUCAAGUGCAGAAGAAGCAAUGGAUCAGGUGGAAUUCUGCAAGUGAAUACAUUGCAUGGAUUAGCUGAAGCUGACAGAUAAUUUGGUUUGUGUGUACAGAUUGAAUUUAAUUACUAUGCACUGAGUCACUAGCAAUCUAAAAAUAAGUUACAAUGACAUUUAUUAUAUCUCAUCAUUUAUAUGCAAGUAAUUUUUAAGAGUGA